UUCCACCUUUAUGUAUUGAGGAAGUUAGCAUGAGUGCUUUCAUGUGUGAGUACGGCAGCUAAGUUGCUGUGUUUCUUUGCUGCACUUCUUAAAAGGUGAAAAAUGGAUUUUUUCAAGCGAGUAGUACCUGCUGUUAUGUCUGGGGAUGUUGGGGCUACUGAUUGUGAUAGCGUCCCCAGGCUUCUAAAAAUGAGACGUUUGAGUUUGCUUUCUAUAGGGCAGACAAUUGAGGAAGAAAUUGAUGGAAAAGUUUUAAUGAAUUCCAGAGUUCAGCUAUGUGAACCGCAAACAUCAAAAGCAUCAGCACCUGUUAGCACUGUUACCAGGCGCCGUAUUUCUCCAGGUAGUAAUCCUGCCUGGGAGAAGAAGAGUGUCACAAUGUCAAACAUUACCAUAGACCCGGACAUCAAACCUGGGGAAUAUGUUAUUAAGAGCCUCUUUGCAGAAUUCACAGUUCAGGCUGAAAAAAAGAUUGAAGUUGUGAUGGCUGAACCAUUGGAGAAACCAUUGUCCAGAUCAUUGCAAAGAGGUGAAGAUUUGCAGUUCGAUCAGGUGAUUAGCUCUAUGAGCUCAGUAGCAGAACACUGCCUUCCCUCUCUACUUCGCACCUUGUUUGAUUGGUACAGGCGGCAGAAUGGAACAGAAGAUGAAUCCUAUGAAUAUAGACCGCGGUCAAGUACAAAAUCUAAAGGGGAUGAACAACAUCGUGAUAGAGAUUAUCUGCUUGAGCGAAGAGACUUAGCUAUAGAUUUCAUUUUCUGUUUAGUUUUAAUAGAAGUUUUAAAACAGAUUCCUCUUCAUCCAGUGCCAGAUGCUUUAGUACAUGAAGUUCUGAACUUGGCUUUUAAGCACUUUAAACACAGGGAAGGGUAUUCAGGACCCAACACUGGGAAUAUGCACAUUAUUGCAGAUUUGUAUGCAGAGGUGAUUGGAGUUCUUGCACAAUCAAAAUUUCAGGCAGUCAGAAAGAAGUUUAUGACUGAGCUGAAGGAACUACGUCAGAAAGAGCAGAGCCCUCAUGUAGUGCAAAGCAUCAUCAGUCUAAUCAUGGGAAUGAAGUUCUUUCGGGUCAAAAUGUACCCUGUGGAGGAUUUUGAAGCUUCAUUUCAGUUUAUGCAGGAAUGUGCGCAGUAUUUCCAUGAAGUGAAAGAUAAAGACAUAAAACAUGCACUUGCUGGACUUUUUGUGGAAAUUCUGAUUCCUGUAGCCGCUGCUGUUAAAAAUGAAGUGAAUGUGCCAUGUCUGAAGAAUUUUGUAGAGAUGCUCUAUCAAACCACCUUUGAGCUUUCAUCAAGAAAGAAACAUUCAUUGGCCCUGUACCCAUUGGUUACCUGCCUGCUCUGCGUCAGUCAAAAACAGUUCUUUCUCAACAACUGGCACAUAUUCCUUCAGAAUUGUCUGUCUCAUUUAAAGAUGCCAUCUAACAACAGUAUCAGAAAACAAAUAGAAACUUUGCAGAACAAAGACCCCAAGAUGUCUCGGGUUGCACUGGAAUCACUGUAUAGGUUGUUAUGGGUUUAUGUAAUCAGAAUUAAAUGUGAAAGCAACACUGUAACACAAAGUCGCCUUUUGAGCAUUGUAUCAGCACUUUUCCCCAAAGGCUCCCGCAGUGUGGUCCCCCGUGACACGCCUCUGAAUAUAUUUGUCAAGAUCAUCCAAUUUAUUGCUCAGGAGCGGCUUGAUUUUGCAAUGAAAGAAAUUAUAUUCGAUCUACUUUGUGUUGGAAAGCCAUCAAAAACAUUUGCCAUUAAUCCAGAGAGAAUGAACAUAGGUUUGAGAGCAUUUCUAGUAAUUGCAGAUAGUUUACAGCAGAAAGAUGGGGAACCUCCAAUGCCAACAACAGGAGUUGUUCUUCCAUCGGGUAGUACACUGCGAGUAAAGAAAAUUUUCCUGAACAAAACCCUCACAGAUGAAGAAGCUAAAGUGAUAGGGAUGUCGUUUUACUAUCCCCAAGUGAGGAAGGCUCUUGAUAGUAUUCUCAGACAUUUGGACAAGGAGGUGGGAAGAUCUAUGAGUAUGACUAACGUACAGAUGUCCAACAAGGAGCCUGAAGACAUGAUCACGGGUGAAAGAAAGCCUAAGAUAGACCUCUUCCGGACAUGUGUGGCUGCUAUUCCCAGGCUGAUUCCAGAUGGCAUGAGUAGGGCAGAACUUGUUGAACUUCUGGCAAGACUCACCAUUCACAUGGAUGAAGAACUGCGAGGCUUGGCAUUUACUACUCUACAGGCUUUAAUGGUUGACUUUCCUGACUGGAGGGAAGAUGUUUUGUCAGGGUUUGUGUCAUUCAUUGUCCGAGAAGUGAAUGAUGUCCAUCCAACGCUCCUAGAUAACUCUGUCAAGAUGUUAGUGCAAUUAAUAAACCAUUGGAAACAAGCUGUUCAGUCUCACAUGAAAGGUCAAGAUCUGCAGCGUGCUGUUCCCAAUGGAGCUGCCCAAACACUUCCACUGGAACGGAGCCCUUAUUCUUCUGUCUUCCAUGCAGCGGAAGGUUUUGCCUUAGUGGUUCUGUGCAGCUGUCGGCCAGCCACCAGAAGACUUGCUGUCAACAUUCUAAGAGAAAUUAGAACUUUGUUCACAGCUUUGGGCGUUUCAAAGGGAGACGAAGAGCUGGCAAUUGACGUCAUGGAUCGAUUAAGCCCCUCAAUCUUGGAAAGCUUCAUACACCUCACUGGAGCAGAUCAGACAAACUUGCUGUAUUGCCCCAAUGGGAUAGACCUCCAGGCACUUGCAGAAUGGAGUUCCUCUCCCAUAAGUCAUCAGUUUGAUGUGGUCAGUCCUUCACACAUAUGGAUAUUUGCACAUGUGACACAGGGCCUGGACCCUUGGGUAAUUAGCUUAUCAAGCUUCCUCAAGCAAGAAAAUUUGCCCAAACAUUGUCCAUCAGCACUGAGUUAUGCAUGGAUGUUUUCAUACACUCGCCUACAGAUGCUUUCUCCGCAGGUGGACAUAAAUAGUCCGAUAAAUGCCAAAAAAGUGAGCACCACAAUUGGCAAUGAUUCGUACAUCGGGCUUUGGAGAAACUACCUUAUUCUUUGCUGCAGUGCAGCAACAUGUAACACAGCUACUUCAGGGUCAGUGCGGUGUUCCCCUCCUGAGACGCUGGCGUCUACACCUGAUAGUGGAUAUAGUCUGGAUUCUAAGAUAAUUGGCAUUCCAUCCCCGUCCUCAUUAUUCAAGUUUAUAGUUCCAAUGAUGCGCUCUGAGAGCAUGGAAAUUACAGAAUCUUUGGUGCUGGGGCUUGGCAGGACCAAUCCUGUAGCAUUUAGAGACUUAAUAGAAGAACUUCAUCCCAUUAUAAAAGAAGCACUUGAAAGAAGACCAGAGAAUAUGAAACGACGCAGGCGUCGAGAUAUUUUACGAGUGCAGCUUGUGAGGAUCUUUGAGCUAUUAGCAGAUGCUGGUGUAAUUAGUCACAGUGGAAGUGGAGGCCUUGAUAAUGAAACACAUUCCCUCAAUAACACUUUGUUGGAGUAUGUUGAUCUAACAAGGCAGCUACUCGAAGCUGAGAACGACAAGGAUUCUGACACGUUGAGGGAUAUCCGAUGCCAUUUCAGUGCCUUGGUGGCAAAUAUCAUUCAAAAUGUCCCAGUGCACCAACGCAGGGCUAUCUUUCCACAACAGAGUUUGCGCCAUAGUCUGUUUAUGUUGUUCAGUCACUGGGCUGGCCCUUUUAGCAUAAUGUUUACUCCUCUGGACAGAUACAGUGAUAGGAACAUGCAAAUUAACCGGCACCAGUAUUCUGCAUUAAAGGCUAUGUCAGCUGUACUCUGUUGUGGGCCGGUGUCUGAUAAUGUUGGACUGUCAUCAGAUGGCUAUCUGUACAAGUGGUUGGAUAAUAUCCUGGAUUCCCAAGAAAAAAAGGUUCAUCAGUUAGGCUGUGAAGCUGUAAUGCUUUUAUUAGAGUUGAAUCCAGACCAAAGUAACCUGAUGUACUGGGCGGUAGAUCGAUGCUAUACAGGUUCAAGACGUGUGGCAGCUGGAUGUUUCAAGGCAAUAGCCAAUGUGUUUCAUAACAGGGAUUACCAGUUUGACACUGUAACCCUUCUGAAUCUGAUACUUUUCAAAGCAGCUGAUUCAUCCAGAGAGAUCUAUGAAAUCGCCAUGCAACUGCUGCAGAUCUUGGAGCCCAAGCUAUUUCGCUAUGCCCACAAGUUGGAAGUGCAGCGAAUUGAUGGGAUACUAAAUCACCCUUCUCCACUGCCACAUCUCUAUUCUGUUUCCUACUAUCAACUGUCAGAAGAAUUGGCAAGGACUUACCCAGAACUCACAAUCCCAGUCUUCUCAGAAGUAAGUCACAGAAUCCAAACAGCCCACCCUGCUGGUCGGCAAGUGAUGCUGCACUACCUUCUGCCCUGGAUGAAUAACAUUGAAUUGGUAGAUUUCAAGCCCUUGCCUUCAACAAAAACUAUGGAUGAACCUGAUGAAGUGUAUAUGAAAGACAGGGAGAUGAUGACAAGCAGCAGACGUUGGCUGAGGGGUGAAGGUUGGGGAUCUCCACAGGCUACUAUCAUGGUGCUAAAUAACCUGAUGUAUAUGACAGCAAAAUAUGGUGAUGAGUUAGCAUGGUCAGAGGUAGAAAAUGUAUGGACAACGCUAGCUGACAGCUGGCCCAAAAAUCUAAAGAUAAUUCUGCACUUCCUUAUCAGUAUGUGUGGUGUGACAAGUGAGCCCAGUCUACUGCCAUACAUCAAAAAAGUAGUUGUGUAUCUGGGCAGAGAUAAAACGAUGCAGUUGUUGGAGGAGCUAGUGGCAGAACUGCAACUGACUGAUCCGGUUAGCUCGGCUGUUAUUCACAUGGACAACCCACCCUACUACCGCAUCACCUCUAGCUACAAAAUUCCCUCCAUCGCCUCAGGUACCACUUCCAGCAGCAAUACAAUGGUGGCUGGGCAUGAUGGUAAUCAGGAUAGUAAGCUAACAAAGGAUUCUGCUAUUGAUGAUAAUUAUGGACAUCCCGAUAUCUAUAGUGGGCUGAAUAGUAACCUAAACCGGCAGCAUCACCGGCUUGAGUCUCGUUACAGCAGCAGCUCUGGAGGAUCCUAUGAAGAGGAGAAGAGUGACUCUAUGCCCAUUUAUGCAAACUGGAGGCUGAAAGUGAUGGAGCUCAACAAAGCCGAACCAUUGCCAUUUCCUCCCACUGGCGGAAGUUGGUCGCCACUGGCUGAUUAUCUGCCUGAGACUGGUACCCCAGGGGUACCACUGCAGAGGUGUAACAUAGCAGUGAUCCUUCUAACAGAUCUAAUAGUUGAUCACAGCGUAAAGGUGGAAUGGGGGAACUACAUGCAUCUUUUGCUUCAUGCAAUAUUUAUAGGAUUUGAUCACCAGCAUCCUGAAGUGUAUGAACAUUGUAAGCGACUGCUGCUGCACUUGCUUAUAGUAAUGGCCUAUAACAGUAAUGUUCAAGCCAUGGCCUCCAUUCUCCUCAGGAACAGGGAGUUUACUGAGCCUAAGGUGCUCACUAUCAAACCAACCACUCAUGUAGAGUAUAGUUUUACAGCAGGUGGCAGUGAAUUUGCACCAGAUUACCAGCCAUCACCAAUGACCGACUCAGGACUCAGCUCAAGCUCUACCUCUUCUAGCAUCAGCUUAGGAACAACCAGUGCUACCAUUCCCCAGCUCACUCCCACUAUCAUAAAUGAAGUGGAUAUUUCUGCAGACCAAGAUGAGAAGGUGAAAACACUCAUCGAAUUUAUAACCACAAGAAAACGAGGGCCACUAUGGAACCAUGAAGAUGUGUCUCCUAAGAAUCCAAACAUUAAAACUGCUGAACAGUUAACUGUGUUUUUAAAACAUGUAAUUUCCAUAUUCAAGCAGUCAAGAUCAGGUUUUCAGUUGGAGCAGCUUCUCAGUGAAGUGGCCUUGCAGACAGCACUUUCAUGUUCUAACAGACAUUAUGCUGGAAGGUCAUUCCAGAUCUUCAGAGCCCUAAAACAGCCACUGACUGUAACUACACUGUCUGAUGUCCUGUCGAGACUUGUUGAAACAGUUGGAGAUGCAGGGGAAGAGGCUCAGGGUUUUGUUAUAGAACUGCUGCUCACUCUUGAGUCUGCCAUAGACACAUUAGCAGACACUAUAAAGCAGUAUGAUCUGCUUUCCGCACUUUCUCAAACACAUUUAACUGAUUCCUUAAUGGGCACUAAGUUGGCAGCUAACAGGAAAAGCACUGGACAACUAAACUUAAGCACAAGCCCACUCAAUACCAGUGGUUUCCUAACUCAUCAUAGUUGUCAUGCAAGAAGUAACUCCUUGCGAGCCAGUCUACUGGGAGACAGAAGAUGUGACAGGCGUCGAAGUAAUACACUGGAUAUUUUGGAUGGGAGAAUGAACUAUGGUAACCUAGCAAGGACUCGAAGCCUAUCCUCUCUUAGAGAGGGAGAAAUGCCUGACCAGCAGCCAACUACUGACCCAAGUAGCCUGAUGGCAACCAUUUUCUGGAUAGCUACAGCCCUACUAGAGUCAGAUUAUGAAUAUGAAUACCUUUUGGCACUAAAACUGCUCAACAAACUGCUCACACAGUUGCCUCUGGAUAAGGCAGAGAGUCGGGAGAAGAUUGAAAAAGUGCAGAACAAACUGAAGUGGAACAGUUUUCCUGGCCUCCAGCAGUUAUUCCUAAAGGGCUUUACCUCAGCUUCCACUCAGGAGAUGACUGUUCAUUUGCUGAGCAAACUAAUUUCCAUCUCUCGACAUACUCUGGUGGAUCCAGCUCAGGUGGCAGGAUUCCCAUUAAAUAUUCUGUGCCUGCUACCUCAUUUAAUUCAACAUUUUGAUAACCCUACCCAAUUCUGCAAGGAAACUGCUGACAGAAUAGCAAAGGUCUGUGCAGAAGAAAAGACAGCCACACUCUCCAACCUGGCUCACAUGAUGAGCCUUUAUAGCACACACAGUUAUUCACGGGACAGUGCAAAUUGGAUUAAUGUAGUUUGCCGAUACCUCCACGAUGCAUUCUCAGAUAUCACCUUUAACCUGGUCACUUACUUAGCUGAGCUAUUAGAAAAGGGCCUAACUAGUAUGCAGCAGUCAUUGCUACAAAUUAUCUAUAGCCUUCUGAGUCAUAUUGAUUUGUCUGGAGCUCCAGUAAAACAGUUCAAUUUGGAGAUCAUGAAGAUCAUUGGAAAAUAUGUGCAAAGCCCAUACUGGAAGGAAGCGCUUAAUAUUCUGAAAUUGGUGGUAUCUCGUUCAGCCAGCCUUGUUGUGCCAGAUGAAGUGCAUAGAUCAAAUUAUGGAGGGGAUUUGUCAACAUCUCCUGAAAUUUCCUUCACAAAAAUCUGGAACAAUGCUUCAAAAGAAUUGCCUGGAAAGACUCUAGAUUUCCAUUUUGACAUCUCUGAGACACCAAUUAUAGGGCAGAAAUAUGGUGACCAGCACAGUGCUACAUGCCGAAAUGGAAAGCCAAAAGUCAUUGCUGUCACUCGGAGUACCUCUUCUACAUCUUCAGGGUCAAACUCAAAUGCCUUAGUGCCCGUCAGCUGGAAAAGGCCACAGCUGUCCCAGAGGAGGACAAGAGAGAAAUUAAUGAAUGUACUCUCACUUUGUGGCCAAGAAGUUGGUCUCCCAAAGAAUCCGUCAGUUAUAUUUUCAUCCAGUGAAGACCUAGACAUUGCAGAACAACAGACAAGUUUAAUUUCCACAACUGAAGAUCCAAUCAGAGAAGAGGAAGUACCGGUAGAGGACGCCAAUACUGAACAGCAAUUUGGAGUGUUGAAGGAUUUUGAUUUCUUAGAUGUCGAACUGGAAGAUGCAGAGGGUGAAAGUAUGGACAACUUUAAUUGGGGUGUGCGGAGGCGUUCAUUGGACAGCAUUGAGAAGGGCGAUACACCAUCACUCCAGGAGUUCCAGUAUUCAGGAAGCACACCCAGUUUAAAUUUAACCAACCAGGAGGACACUGAUGAGUCAUCUGAGGAGGAGGUACUGACUGCGAGUCAGAUCUUAACCCGGUCACAGAUGCUCAACAGUGAUUCAGCAAUAGAUGAUGCUGCUCCAAAUCAAGUGGAUUCCCUGCUGCAUUUAAGAGACAUAGCAACCAAUGUGGUGUCUGACGAAGCACCACUGCCCAGGGCUGAGACCCCAAAUUUAGAGACACCUCUUCCAGAUAGCGCUAACAACCAGCUGCCUGAGGAUGCUAGUGCAGCUGUGAAGGAUGAACUGGCUAACACUGUUGAAGAGACAGUUUCAGAUAUUAACCAAGAACCCCAGAAGUUUCAAGAGACUCUUGUUCCUGGGAGUUCUGCAGAGUCCAUCUGUGACGAGGAUGUCACCCUUGCGCUUAAAGAGCUUGAUGAGAGAUGUGAAGAGGAGGAGGCAGAUCUUUCAGGACAUUCAAGUCAAGAUGAAGGAGACCAGGAGGGGUUUUCUGAAAUUCAAGCCUCACCACCACCAUCACCUUUCCUCUCUGCUAUCUUGUCUGCUUUUCAACCAGUGGCUUAUGAGAAUGAGGAGGAAGCCUGGCGUUGCCAUGUCAACCAAAUGCUGUCAGACACAGAUGGAUCCUGUGCAGUGCAUACAUUUCAUGUGUUCUCUAGACUGUUUCAGAACAUUCAGAAAAAAUUCUGUGCCAUAACUCAUGAUUCAGUCAGUCAUCUGGGGGACAGUCUGCAGAGGAUUGGGUCGAAGUUCAAGAGCUCGUUGGAAAUAAUGAUGAUGUGUUCAGAUUGCCCUACUGUCUUUGUGGAUGCUGAAACUCUUGUCUCGUGUGGAUUGUUAGAAACAUUAAAGUUUAGCGUAUUAGAGCUACAAGAACACUUGGAUACCUACAAUGCCAAAAGGGAGGGAGCUGAGCAGUGGUUGGAAAAUUGUAAAAGAACAUUUGGCACUGGGGAUGGUUUCCAAAGAACAAAUAGAGAUGCACAGCAAAUGGAAGUUCUAGCAGAAUUGGAGCUGUGCCGAAGGCUGUACAAACUUCAUUUCCAACUAUUGCUCUUGUAUCAAGCCUACUGUAAACUCAUCAGUCAAGUAGACACAAUCAAGCAAAAAGCUGAGGUAAUAAAUAUGUCAGAAGAACUGGCUCAGUUGGAAGCCAGCCUGAAAGAGGCAGAAAGUCUCAGUAAUGAAGUUGAAGUCUCUGAAGCCCUACAGACAUGCACAGAGACUGCCAUUCACUCUGUCAUCGAGACCUUGAGAAACAAGGAGUUUCCAUCUGCACUUGCUCAGGUCAAAGCAUUCAGAUCUGUAUGGCCCAAUGAUAUUUUUGGAAAUUGUGAUGACGAUCCAGUACAAACUCUCCUGCACAUUUAUUUCCGCCAUCAGACCUUGGGCCAAACCGGCAGCUUUGCUGUGGUGGGGUCUAAUCAGGACUUAUCCAAAGUCUGCUCCAAACUGAUGGAGCUGAACCUGCAGAUUCGUGAGUCUCUCCGAACAGUGCAGUCAUACCAGCUUCUGGCCAAGGCAACAGAUGUUCCAAGUACUGGAUUUUAAGAUACACCAGUGACUCAAGAUUCAUCCCAUUCAGUGUUAAGAAGGUGCAUCAUGCAUAUUAACCACAUCCCUCACAUCAGCUUCAAUUUUUUGAACUGUCCAGAUUGUCUCUAUUUAUAGAAACAGUCAUGCACAUGAAACCAGAUGUUAAACAGGAGAAAAAAAGUGGGUAAUAGCUGUAUGGAACUAAUUAACAGCAAAUCACUCCAUGUGCACAAGACAGAGGAUUGACUGUGCAACCAUUUAUUGGUUCAUUGCACUCGUACUGUCAGUCAGUCAUACUGAAAGAAAAAGGCAUGGAAGGAAGGGGGCAAUUAUUCUUCAUUUUCUGAAGACAGACCAGCUCCCUUGUAAUAAUGUAUAGUAGUGCAGCAGGUGGAAUGAUGCUAAAAUCAUCUGGGAAAUGGCUUUUGGCUGAAUAACCUGCAAGGCUUCAAGGCAAACAAGAAUAUUUCAAUUUAAUUUUCUGUCUGUGGACAAAUAAACAGAUCAAACUCCUAAACCAUUUAAUGCCACUUACCACGUGGUUAUUAUAUGUAAAAGGUUAAAACUUGAUUUAUGACAAAUUGACUGCAGGCUUUAUAAUAUAAAAUGUUAAUAGUUCAUAAGGUCGCAAAGCAUGCCUGAAAUCAUUUUUGAAAAAAUUUAUUUUGUAUUAGAACUAACAUGUAGAAAAUCUUAUACAAAGUUAGGGAUGCGUGACAGGUAAAUUUAAACUGAGUUUUACUCAGCACUGUAAACAUUCAUGUUACUUUUGUUUACUGUUCAGUGGGCAUUAGAUGCUCUUUGAUCAGUGGCUGUUACAAAUACUGGUGGUAUCUAACCAAAAAUUUGCCUGUAGGUACUUAAAACUGAAUGGCAACAGAAAUAAGUGCUUCAGCCUAGCAAUUUAUAAGGAGAACUCACCUAACUUAUUUUACUCUGUAAAUAUUUUAGACCUGUAUAGUGUAAAAUCAGUAUUGUUUUUCUUGUACAUUGCACUGUUAUGAGAAUAGGUGUAUAAAACUAAUGCAAAACAAAAAACUUAAGUACUGGUAAUGAGUCUUUAUCUGCUGUCACUGCAGUCUGAAUUUACAGAUAAUUCUGAAAGCAGAUACUGUUCUGUCUACUCAUCUGUCUCCAGUGGACUUGAACUUUGGGACCAUCUUUUUCUGCAUUAUUGGAAGAGUCAAAAGACAACAUUCAACAUACUCAAAGGACUGAAAUCCUCCAGCUUUCAUACCUGAGAUUCCAUUCACAGCAGUGGCUUUCUGUGGGGAAAGGAAACUGAAUGUAAAAAUCACCCAUUGAUGGUGUACCUGCCUCUGUUUGCUGGGAAUGACCCUGCUUAUAAUAUGCAUCUAUCCUAUCCACUGUGAUUUUUAAUGGGCUCUAUACCAUGGAGUGUAGAAUGUACUGUUCAAUUAUUAGCAUUUGCCUUUUGAGAAAGUGAACUAUAGACCAGGAAUAAUUGUAAUGAAUUGUAUGAGUUUAAGGCACUGUGCAUGCUAUCAGACUGCAAACAGUAGUUAACAUAAUUUAAGGCUCUGUAACCAGUCAUAGCAAAUUAACAAAUCACUGUAAUCAUUCUUCAAUGAUAAAUUAUUUUGUUGGCA